GGGCUGCAUACACACACACACACACACACACACACACACACACACACACACACACUUCCCACGCAGCCUCUCUCUCAUGUUUCCAUCAUUCUCCCACAGAUUCAAUAUUUGGGCCUCGUGCUAAAGAAACGGUGUGAGUCACAGCAGCAGUUUCAGGAGAGCCGAUAAAGCUUCUCACUGCUGGUUGUGGUUGAUUUGUGGCAUUUAAAAUACUACACACACACACACACACACACACACACACACACACACACACACACACACACACACACACACACACACACACCAUCUUAUCUCUCCUCCUCCUCUUUCUGGAAUUUAAAUGAGCUUCCAAAGGCAGCAGAUUUUCUGAAUAUACGCUCUGUAAAUAUUAUGCAAAGAUAUGACAAACAUUAAGGGGCAAAUCAGGUAGAGCUCUGUGUUUAUGGAAAUAUGAAAAAUAUAUCAAUCUAAAUUCCAUAUGAAUACUAUGUUAUUCCCUUAAGGAAUUUUAACCUUUUUGUUUAUUUUACAGAUCUUUUUUCAUUUGAUAUGUUUUUUAUUAUUUCUCACCUGCUGGUGUGAAGCCAAAGAUAACAUGUAACUAACAUGUCACGCUAUGUUUCUGUUGAAAAUACAAGUAUAGAUAUUCUGGGCUCAUUGUCUGAUGUUGUGGUUCCGUCUUUCCUUCCAUCCUCCUCCUCCUCCACCUCCUCCUCCUCCUCCUCCUCCUUUUCUUCAUCCUCUUCCACUCCGUCUCCUCGCCCUGGUCCUCGUCUACCUGCUGUACCUCCUCCUCCUUUUCUUCAUCCUCUUCUCCUCCGUUCUCCUCGCCCUGGUCCUCGUCUACCUGCUGUACCUCCUCCUCCGUCUCUCCAGCAGGACUCUGAGGGCGAUGUGGAGGCUUCGACCGGCUCAGACUCAGUGACUCAGAGCGCCGGCGGUGGAGCGUCAGCAGCAGCGGGCCCGUCCCUGAGAGGGAGACCACACCACCCAACAACGUCGAAAGUCGCUUACUUCAAGAGGAAAUAUGCGGAGGAGGAGGAUGUACACGGAGGCCUACAUGGAUAUUUUCAAAAACACCUGAUACUGCAGGAGGACCGGAGCUGCAUCCUGAAGCUGUCCCUGGAGAAGCUGAGGUUCCUGGAGGACCCCGAGGCCUACCUGAGGCGCUCCGUCCUCAUCAACAACCUGCUGAGGAAGAUCCACCAUGAGGAGGAGGAGCUGGAGGCCAGAGAGGAGGAGGAGGAGGUAGAAGAAGAAGAGGAGGAGGAGGUGGGAGAGAGGGGGCUUCUCUACCCCGGACAGGAAGAGGGUGAAGGUGCUGGUGAUGGGCUGCUGCUCCCCGGCGUUCGGCCUGGAGGAGCUGCAGCACUGCCGGCUGGUGCCCUGUUGCCCGUACGGCCUCCCCCCGACCCACCGGGUCCUCCUGUACCACCCGGACGACAACGGCUGACGUAG